GGAGCUGGAGGGGCCAAGCAUCAGCAAGAGUAGCAGCGAGCAGCCGCGGUGGUGGCGGCGGCGCGUCGUUGCAGUUGCGCCAUCUGUCAGGAGCGGAGCCGGCGAGGAGGGGGCUGCCGCGGGCGAGGAGGAGGGGUCGCCGCGAGCCGAAGGCCUUCGAGACCCGCCCGCCGGCCGGCGGCGAGAGUAGAGGCGAGGUUUCCCUGCGAGCGGCGCGUCCUCUCCCGCCCAGGCGCGCCGCGCUUCUCCCGGCGCACCGAGGACCGCCCGGGCGCACACAAAGCCGCCGCCCGCGUCGCACCGCCCGGCGGCCGCCGCCCGCGCCAGGGAGGGAUCCGGCCGCCGGGCCGGGGACACCCCGGCGCCGCCCCCUCCGUGCUCUCGGAAGGCCCACCGGCUCCCGGGCCCGCCGGGGAGCUCCCGGAGCCGCCUCGGCCGCGCCGGAGGAGGGCGGGGAGAGGACCAUGUGAAUGGGCUCCGGAGCCUGAGCGCCGCGCAGUUUUUUUGAAGAAGCAGGAUGCUGAUCUAGACGUGGAAAAAGAAAUAGCUGUGGCUCAAAGGCAGACAGCUUUGGGUAGAGGCACAUGACAGCAACAUUGGAGACAGCUAGUCCGCAGUGGCAGCAGCAAGGCAACAGACCAGGACCAGUCCUGCCGCUGUUGUAGAAGACAUGUGGUGUAUAUAAAGUUUGUGAUCGUUGGCGGAAAUUUUGGAAUUUAGAUAAUGGGCUGUGUGCAAUGUAAGGAUAAAGAAGCAACAAAACUGACGGAGGAGAGGGACGGCAGCCUGAACCAGAGCUCCGGGUACCGCUAUGGCACAGACCCCACCCCUCAGCACUACCCCAGCUUCGGUGUGACCUCCAUCCCCAACUACAACAACUUCCACGCCGCCGGGGGCCAAGGACUCACCGUCUUUGGAGGUGUGAACUCUUCGUCUCAUACCGGGACCUUGCGUACGAGAGGAGGAACAGGAGUGACACUGUUUGUGGCCCUUUAUGACUAUGAAGCACGGACGGAAGAUGACCUGAGUUUUCACAAAGGAGAAAAAUUUCAAAUAUUGAAUAGCUCGGAAGGAGAUUGGUGGGAAGCCCGCUCCUUGACAACUGGAGAGACAGGUUACAUUCCCAGCAAUUAUGUGGCUCCAGUUGACUCUAUCCAGGCAGAAGAGUGGUACUUUGGAAAACUUGGCCGAAAAGAUGCUGAGCGACAGCUAUUGUCCUUUGGAAACCCAAGAGGUACCUUUCUUAUCCGCGAGAGUGAAACCACCAAAGGUGCCUAUUCACUUUCUAUCCGCGAUUGGGAUGAUAUGAAAGGAGACCACGUCAAACAUUAUAAAAUUCGCAAACUUGACAACGGUGGAUACUACAUUACCACCCGGGCCCAGUUUGAAACCCUUCAGCAGCUUGUACAACAUUACUCAGAGAGAGCUGCAGGUCUCUGCUGCCGCCUAGUAGUUCCCUGUCACAAAGGGAUGCCAAGGCUUACCGAUCUGUCUGUCAAAACCAAAGAUGUCUGGGAAAUCCCUCGAGAAUCCCUGCAGUUGAUCAAGAGACUGGGAAAUGGGCAGUUUGGGGAAGUAUGGAUGGGUACCUGGAAUGGAAACACAAAAGUAGCCAUAAAGACUCUUAAACCAGGCACAAUGUCCCCCGAAUCAUUCCUUGAGGAAGCGCAGAUCAUGAAGAAGCUGAAGCACGACAAGCUGGUCCAGCUGUACGCAGUGGUGUCUGAGGAGCCCAUCUACAUCGUCACCGAGUAUAUGAAUAAAGGAAGUUUACUGGAUUUCUUAAAAGAUGGAGAAGGAAGAGCUCUGAAAUUACCAAAUCUUGUGGACAUGGCAGCACAGGUGGCUGCAGGAAUGGCUUACAUCGAGCGCAUGAAUUAUAUCCAUAGAGAUCUGCGAUCAGCAAACAUUCUAGUGGGGAAUGGACUCAUAUGCAAGAUUGCUGAUUUCGGAUUGGCCCGAUUGAUCGAAGACAAUGAGUACACAGCAAGACAAGGUGCAAAAUUCCCCAUCAAGUGGACGGCCCCCGAGGCAGCCCUGUACGGGAGGUUCACGAUCAAGUCUGACGUGUGGUCUUUUGGAAUCUUACUCACAGAGCUGGUCACCAAAGGAAGAGUGCCAUACCCAGGCAUGAACAACCGGGAGGUGCUGGAGCAGGUGGAGCGAGGCUACAGGAUGCCCUGCCCACAGGACUGCCCCAUCUCUCUGCAUGAGCUCAUGAUCCAUUGCUGGAAAAAGGACCCUGAAGAACGCCCCACUUUUGAGUACUUGCAGAGCUUCCUGGAAGACUACUUUACCGCCACAGAGCCCCAGUACCAACCUGGUGAAAACCUGUAAGGCCCGGGUCUGCGGAGAGAGGCCUUGUCCCAGAGGCUGCCCCACCCCUCCCCAUUAGCUUUCAAUUCCGUAGCCGGCUGCUCCCCAGCAGCAGAACCGCCCAGGAUCAGAUUGCAUGUGACUCUGAAGCUGACGAACUUCCAUGGCCCUCAUUAAUGACACUUGUCCCCAAAUCCGAACCUCCUCUGUGAAGCAUUCGAGACAGAACCUUGUUAUUUCUCAGACUUUGGAAAAUGCAUUGUAUCGAUGUUAUGUAAAAGGCCAAACCUCUGUUCAGUGUAAAUAGUUACUCCAGUGCCAACAAUCCUAGUGCUUUCCUUUUUUAAAAAUGCAAAUCCUAUGUGAUUUUAACUCUGUCUUCACCUGAUUCAACUAAAAAAAAAAAAAAAGUAUUAUUUUCCAAAAGUGGCCUCUUUGUCUAAAACAAUAAAAUUUUUUUUCAUGUUUUAACAAAAACCAAUCA